AUGCAGGCGCCGCCCCCGCAGCCGGCCGGCGCCCAGCAGCAGGCCGACUCGCCCGGCGUCCUCCCACCCAACUUCGACGUACAGCGCAGCUGGGUCCCAUACUUGUGUGCAUGCAUUUCAGCUGGGAGGCCUCUUGACAGCGUCCGCGCAUACGGCGCAAGGUUCUGUUGUCGAGCUUUCGGCGUUGACUCAGCACCACCACCUCUUCCCCCGUGUCGCCGGCCGGCGCGAAUUCUCACGCCCCGCCCCCUCUCCUCUUCCGCGAACGCCAGCGCGCGGGGGCGGCGCGGCACGGCGCGGCGCGGAAGUGACCCCGCCGCAUUGGCGCACACAGGCGGCGCUUGUGCAGCGCACAGCGGCGCCUCUGUCCCGGCGGAGGCGGGGCCAUCUGAGUCAGCGGCGGCCACUGGGCCGCCCCUCACGCCCCGACGGGCGAUUGCGUUGCGCCAGGCGCCGCACGUGGCUGUGCUGCGCAUGGCUUGUCAGAGCCACGCAUUGCAUUUAGACGGCGAGGCGAUUCUUUCAGAUUGA